GGUGAAACACGUGGCGAGAGGGAUAUAGAGAGACUCGAUCGUCGGAUGGCGUUUGCGCAAGUUCCGCGUCUUUGGCGCUGCGAAGCUCUGCGCGGCGCGUUUAGUUUCGCGCAAGCUUGCAGUGGUGGAGGAUUACACUUCUCGGCGGCUCAGAGUGGACAUUGCGAAUCCGCGUCGAGAGAGGAGUGCAACACGCAGUUCCGCAUUGCCCGUCUCAUGGUAACCCAGACGAAGGACCUGGCGAUGGACUCCACCGGCAUGUCCACCUACGACAGGUCGAGCGACACGCAUCAUCUGACGACGAUGACGAGGAUCGUCGGGGUAUGCACCGCUAUUGUUGUGUGCGGCGUCGGCGUGGAUGUGGCGUACCAUCGACACGUCAUGGGGCUUUACGUUACGGCGGCGUCGGGUGUCAUCUUCUUCCUCGAGGUCACCUGGGCCAUCACGUUGUUCGUGCAUCUGUGCGUCAGGAACGAGGAUUCCCUCUGCUCGCAUUGUUGGCUGGGCGUGUUAGCGACGACGCGGGGUUGGCGGCGGGCGUUGUUCUACUUGCCGUUGUCCUGCAUCCUGGCGUGGCGACCCAACCGACUCUGGCUGUCCUACGUCGCUGCCGGCCUGUUGGCGGUGCUGUCCUUAUUGCAUAUUGCAUCGAGCGCGCUGGGACGGCGAGGUCCUUGCCAGUCGGGCGGCGGGACCGAUUCGGUCGGCGAGAGCCUCUUGAACUCCAGACAGGACAAUUACGAUCGCUUUGAGGAGGUUCUGGUGAGUAUUUCCGUAAUUCACCGUAUUGGCAGCGAAUCCUUCUCCUUUGUCCCUUCCCCAUCUCCUCUCACGCCUCUUCCCAGCCGACGCGGUCGAGGAUCCUUUUAAUGCGCUUAUCUUUCGAGCGACAGCGGAAAAGCAGCAGUUUUCGUGGUUUGCGCAAUUCCUCAGCUGUAUCGAUCCUUUUUAAAUAGCUCGACCCUAGUUGCGGUAAAAAGAGAGUGAGACAUCCCGUCUGAGUAAUUUAACAAUCAACAUUUUACGCAACACUAUUGCGUAAUGAAUUACAGUGCGCUAUUUGUGUGAUUAGUCCUUUUGUCCUUGACUUCCUCGUGGUUUCCCCGCGGUAGAUAUUUAUUAUUCAUUUCUUUUUACCAUUUUUUGCCGAUAUCCUUUGGCCCGAGUAAUUCUGUCGACUGUUAUAUGCUUUCGCGAGGUGACGGAGGUUCUCGAUGACGGCGUAUCAGCACCAGGACGUUGUCCCGGGGACAGCGACGGCGAGAUAUGACACGAGCGACGGCCCUCUUGGGCCAGCGAAUCUGACGAGGACAGCGAGCCGGAACAAAGGACCUGUCAGAUCGCCACGCUGUCUUAGUCAUCGGCGACGAGCCGGAGGAAUCCCCCUCUUUCGAUUCAAUCUCGUCCUGCAAGGAGGGUGUCAAUAGCGCGUCGAUGAUGAUUCCGCUCGUGACGAGGAUGAACGUGCGAAGUAUACAAGGCCGGGUGGUGAGACGGUGCCUCUAGGAAGUGCGGGCGAGUUAAAGGAACGGGAAUUCAUCGUGCGAGGAAUUCACGGGGCUAAAAGGACAAAGAGAAAUGAUAAGAGAAAUGCGAAGAGACUACAAAGCGACGACGUAUAACGAUAAGACGAUAAUUAACGAGCGCGCGUGCGAAAGAGCGGAUACACGCACGGAUAUUUUUCUUAGAUAGACGUCUAUCGAUUGAACGGAUAAUUUUUUUAUGUCAUCAAUAUAUUUCAGAACCAUACACAGGUACAAAUGUACAAUAAUACUUAUGUAACUGCAUGACGUACAAAAGAGCUGCAGAACAUGGUUCUCGUAUAUUGUAUAUCCGUGUUAAAAUUGUCAAUAAAGAUUUUCGAACGAGAAA